AUGGAAUGCGUAACAGCGGCCGAGCUGCCAAGCAUCCCGCCUGGCCCCGCCCUCCCAACACCGACCUCUGUCCCCCCUGCCGCUGCGGCCCCGGCCCCUUUGAUUCCUACUCUCCCCCCCCUCCCGACGGCUCCUCUCGCUACGGCCCCCCCAGCCCCCAUCACCCCAGCUCCCACCAGAGCCUCAUCUCGUGCCCGCGGGCCGAGAUUCGAAGAGGUGCUGGCAGCAGCGGCUGCUUUGGAAGAGGAAACGGUGGAGGAGGUGCGCGCAGCCGCUGCGUCUCGUGCGCAGCGAGAGCCGGAAGAGGUGGAAGAGGAGAUGGCGGUGCACAGAAAGCAACGCAGUACUUAUACGCUUGCGCAAAGGCAAGCCAAUCUGCAGCACAUGCCGUCGGCGUCGGGACCCGUCAGUCACGACCGACGUAGACGCACCGUUCACCAACUGAUUGUGGGCCGUCUUGCGCUGACGAACAUUCCGACUACUACUCUGGUAUCGGCUACUACCUCCUUCCUCGUUCCUGCGAAAGCCGAUCAGAGAGAUCUACUAUUCUUGUACGACAUCGCUAGCCAGAACAUCACCGUCAGUGACGCCGAUUUGGUCUCGGCUCUGAACUUGAGGGAAUGCACGAAGGAAGACCUUCCCCCGACGAUGACGGUAGCGACGACGCUAUCGAACCACAACCAUUCAACCAAACUCGGCACCUGCCAUCACUCAAUCCUCCAUACCAUAUGUGUCUUCCAGCGCUUCCGUCACCACAACUCCUCAACAGACAGCACAGGCAUUCGUACGCAGCGAUCGAUUUCGACAUGCGCGGCCAAAUGGUCUUAUGGAUUCCUCACUCCUCAGAUCGUCGCAUCUGACAUCGCGCGGUACUACAUUCGAAGUUGGCCGGUUCCUGCAGAGAACCUCUGGAAAAUUGCCUUCGAAUGGAGCGCAGAAGACAACGAGCCGCCUCACGCCUGGACGCGGUUAGAUCUGCUCCCUAUGGCCCCGGCGCCCGCAAGUUCUUGUGCGUCUGGUUCUGCUUCUGUCCCUGCUCCUUCAUCGGGCUCUAGCUCUGGCCCUGACUCUGGUGCCGCUGCAUCUUCUUCCUCCGUUGUUCCCGCAAGCAUAUCCUCCUCCGGGUUACCUAUAUGCGAUACAUUGGGAAGUUCGGUCGUGACCAGUCUGCAGCACAUGCUGUCGGCGUCGGGACCCGUCAGUCACGACCGACUUAGACGCAACGUUGAACAGACGUUCGCUAAGGCGUUCAAGCGUCUUGCUCCGGACACCUACGCGGCUGGAAAAGCGUAUGAGUUCGUCGACGGUCGACUGCCUGGAUUUGCGCCUCCGGAGACGCGGGAAGACCGAGAAAGGGCGUUGAUCGCCCUGUUCCGUCGUAAAUAUCUGCUGAACCGUCAGCCGGGCGGGUUCUACAGCAGCUAUCAGCCUAGCGGGUCGGGUCAUAGUCUUUUGACGAACCUCAACACUAGUCGUUUUACGAACCUCAACAUCCAACCAGCAGCAUCACCCAACAAAUCCAUCAAGCACAAAGCUUCAACUUAUGAACGGGUCUGA